AUGCACCACCACGGAGGCCACCACCAGCACCACCAUGACCACUUCACCGGCCACCACCACCACCACCAGCACCAUCACCCCUAUGCCCCUCCGCCGCAUGCCCCCGUGCAGACAUUCUCCGCCGGCGGCGCACCCUACGAAAAUCAGAUUCAGGUGGUCCACCACCACCACCACCUGAACCACGGCGGACCCGGCCAGGUGCGGGUCAAGAUGGACCCGUCGUGCUUCGGCGCGGGCGCGUUCCCCGAGUACGUGCCCAACGAGAUCCGCGGCCGUGUGGCCGACGGCGACUACGUGGCCCACGUGCGGCGGCUCAACCACGACCUGGCCGUGGCGGCGCGGUGGGGCUGGGGCGUGCUCCUGUGCGUGCUGGGCGUGGUCGGCGCUUUCAUCGGCUUCGCCGUGUCGAUGUUCACGGCCUUCAAUGACGUCAGCAACUUCAAGUUCCCGUCGGCCGGCGCCCUGUGGCCGUGGGGCCUCCUCUUCGCCCUGAGCUUCGUGGGCAUCGUCGUCUUCGCCAUCAUCUCCGCCGUCAAGUCCAAGGCCGUGCUGAGGGAGCAUGAGCAGUUGUUCAACGAGGGCCUGGGCCGUGACGCCGGCCUGGCCUUCCGGUUCGAGAGGAAGAUCAAGGAGAUCAAGCACGCCAAGGAGCGGUGGGACCCGGUCCUGAAGAAGCACGUCAAGCCCAAGACGGCCAAGGUGACGAUGAUCAUCGACAUCAUUGGCGAACCCACCACCACGCCAGUGAUCCCCCACUCGCUACCCGAGAUCGUGGACAACCCGCAGUUGGUGAUGGUGUAA